AUGCAAUUCUUCACUGCCGUUGUUGCCCUGAUCGCCUGUACCGGUGUUUUCGCCGCCCCCGCUCCCACCGAAGCCACCAAAACUACCCUUGAACCCCGACAAUUUGGAGGUUGGGGACCCGCUGGUGCGGUCGCGCAGGCGGCCAACGUUGCUACCCUCGGAGCUUUCGGCGGUGGAUUCGGUGGACCUUUCGGAUGGGGAGGAUGGUAA